UUAAAAAAACAGACACACACACACUCAAUCUGAGGUAAAACUCCCACCAAAAACAUAGCAUAAACCUGGAGCCAGGAGACGGGACAGCAGUGCUCAUCAACAUUGCUGCAAACAUGCUGUACUUAGAGAAUGCAGCACAGUCACAGUACAGUGAGUUGGGGAGUCCAGGACAUAGGGAACCAGACCUUUCAGGAGGAAUCACUUCAACGCACAAAGGAUGGCAAAAGUUUGGAACGCCCUUCUGUAAAUGGCAGUUCAUGAAGCCUCAGUACACUAACCUGGGGCUCCUUAACAGUAUGGAGCAGCAGAUACAGAAUGGAUCUUCCUCCACCAGCCCCUAUAACAACGAUCACACCCCCAACGUUACAGCACCUUCACCAUAUGCUCAGCCCAGCUCCACUUUUGAAACCCUCUCUCCAUCGCCAGCCAUCCCCUCAAACACAGAUUACCCGGGUCCACAUGGCUUUGACGUUUCGUUCCAACAGUCCAGCACAGCAAAGUCUGCUACAUGGACAUAUUCUCCAGAGCUGAAGAAAUUGUACUGUCAGAUUGCCAAGACUUGUCCCAUCCAGAUCAAAGUAAUGACACAACCGCCGCAGGGAGCUGUGAUUCGGGCCAUGCCUGUGUACAAGAAGGCAGAGCAUGUCACUGAAGUGGUGAAACGAUGCCCAAACCAUGAGCUCAGUCGAGAGUUCAAUGAUGGUCAGGUGGCCCCACCCAGCCAUCUAAUCCGAGUGGAGGGAAGCAGCCAUGCACAGUAUGUUGAGGACCCGAUCACUGGGAGGCAGAGUGUCAUGGUGCCCUAUGAACCACCUCAGGUUGGCACCGAAUUCACCACGAUCCUGUAUAACUUCAUGUGUAACAGCAGCUGUGUUGGGGGAAUGAACCGACGGCCCAUCCUCAUCAUCGUUACUCUGGAAAACAGGGACGGGCAGGUUCUAGGACGUCGUUGCUUUGAAGCUCGUAUUUGUGCUUGUCCUGGCCGUGAUCGUAAGGCAGAUGAAGACAGCAUACGCAAACAGCAAGUGACCGAAGGGACGAAGGGUGUUGACACCAGCAAACGGCUCCGUCAUGUGAACCAGGGGAUCCAGGUAGCAUCGAUCACUAGCAAAAAACGACGGCCGGGUGAUGAGGAGCUGUUUUAUUUACCAAUAAGAGGACGAGAGACUUAUGAAGUGUUGCUGAAAAUUAAAGAGUCACUGGAGCUGAUGCAGUUAUUACCGCAGCACACGAUUGAGAGCUACAGGCAGCAGCAACAGCAUCUGCUGCAAAAACAGCCAUCGAUGCAAUCACAGCAAUCCUUUGGGCCCUCUCCACCACCAAUGAAUAAAAUGGCCACCAUGGGGAACAAAUUACCAUCGGUCAGCCAGCUCAUCAGCCCACAGCGCAAUGCACUCGCACAGGCCCCCAUGCCAGGAAGUAUGGUCCCUCAGAUGAUGAAUGUCCCGAUGCAGAUGAAUGGAGACAUGAACGGGUUGAGUCCCACGCAAGGAUUGCCUUCACCAAUGGCAUCGACUUCGCACUGCACGCCUCCUCCACCUUACCCGUCUGACAACAGUAUCUCCAGCUUUCUGACGAGGGCCGGCUGUGCGUCGUGUUUGGAGUAUUUCACCACCCAGGGGUUGAUGAAUAUUUACCAGAUCGAGCAUUUUACCAUGGAUGAUCUGAUCAGCCUUAAGAUCCCUGAGCAGUACCGACACGCCAUCUGGAAAGGAAUAUUGGACCAUAGGCAGACCCUUGACUUCACAAACCCCCCGCAGCUUUUGCGGAACACAAGCAGUGCCUCCACCGCCAGCAUGGGCUCCCAGAAUGAGACGCGCGGUGAGCGGGUAAUUGACGCCGUCCGUUUCACCCUGCGCCAGACCAUCUCCUUCCCCCCCCGCGAUGAUUGGAACGAUUUUGGGUUUGACGUGGAUGGACGCCGCAGCAAACAGCGGAUCAAGGAGGAGGGCGAGUGAGGUGGGCUGGAGGCAUGACCACAUCAAACCACAAAAGACAAUGUUCCAAAAAUAUCUACUGAUGACAACAAUACGAGGGGACACUGUCAGAACAAAGCAUCUAUACUUUGAGUAUUUCACUCGUGUUCAAAUUGGUUGCACUUACUCAACUUUGUUUUGUGUCUUUAUUUUACUAUUUUUGUUGUCUUAAGCCCAACUGCCCAUAUAUGGUAGCUGUAUCAAAGCUUAUAGGGUGCUUGAGGGGCUAUAUGGGAUUUGUAACUGCCAUAUUUAUGCAUCUCUUCCUGUUUAGAGAGGAUCAUUCUAAUCCAUGGUAUUUUUUUUGCAUUGGAUCUGCAAUUGCAGAAGGAUGUGUGAGAGCGUGAGGAAGUACAGAGCGAGUGAGGAAGGUGAAUUGACAUGUACCUUUUUGGUGUUGUUAUACCUCCUUCCUCACUCUAUCCCUAGUUAUCUUGCACUUCAGAAACGGCACUUGGUAUUCCACAGCCUGGGCUGAUGUCAGGAGUGGUGAGAUGGCACUAGCAGUCACUAUGACAGUAGCAACCAGCCUCUGUGAGGGAGGACAGUAAUUAGUGCCAUUGUUUUCUGUUAUUAAUGGUGGUGACCAUGCUAAGCAUUAAGUUACCACCACCCAGCCUGGCAUAUGAUUUCAGCUCAUGGAAGUGGGUCUUUGGACCCUUAAUUAAUUUAGAUUCAGUAAAUAGUUUGUCUUUUAAAACAUUUGCUACCAAAACUGCCAUUUUGUUCCUGGCCACUGGUCACUUAUGAGUCCAGGCUGCCGAACUGUGCCUCUGUUCCAAAGAGUGACCCCAGGAAGCACUUGAUUUUGACUGAACUUGUAUAAGCUCAGUGAUCAGGCCAGACAGGGCAAUUUGAGUUGACAAUGAGACGACCCGACGCCAGCUUAUCCUGGAUCAUUGAAAACACUCACCACUGCUGAAUGAAUGCAGUUCUCAGUUAGUUCAAGUUGGGGUGUCAACCCUUUCGCUUACAAAGCUGUGAUGUAUAAGCUCACGAAUACAGCCCUGACUGACAAUUGUGUUGUGAGGUUAGCUUCAAAUUUAAAAGGGGGAAAAAAUGCUUCAUGUCAAUCGCUGAUAACAAAUUUUAUAAUUUUUCAGAAUUUUAUAUUGAGAUCCAUCUCAACUUUGUGCAUUUCAUUUGCAGAUGUUGCAUGUGUGAAAUUGUACUGAUCCUAGUGGGGCUGGCCACAGUCUGAAGGAACGCUAGAUUGGUGUUAGGUUUCAACUACUUCACUGGGGAGCAUAGACCACUCCUUCAAUUGCAUGUGACAUUAGCUGGAAUCUGGGCCUGAAGCCAUUCAAAAGGUUUCCCCCUAAUCAUGUCCACAAUUGUAAAAGAAUUCCAUUCUCCUUGGACUUUCCUGUUUUCACUCAUGACAAUUUUAUCCUUGUAAGGAAAUUCAAAACUUUACGUGACAAAUUGUACACUGGCUCUGUGAUUCAGGUGAGGUGUUUAGGAUCUUCAUGCUGUGCAUCACUUUCACUGCCUCACUGAGGAUGCCUGUAUAGAGUUCAUAUCAUGCAGAAUACGUAAAUGGAGGGAAAAGUUCAAUCUGGAUGGUUAGAAGUUACACUGCUAAAUUAAGUGGUCAAUAGCUACUCAGUAAACUGCACUAGGUAGUGGCAGCAUCAUAAUUGAGCUUUCUGAGGGCACUGGUAGCCAGACACCCAGUUGGAAGAGCUACAAGUGACUGCCAGUUUUGUACCAUUGUCACCCAGUGCUGCUCUCAUUUGGUGGAAGGGGUGGGGGUGGGAGAAGUUAGAUUCGACUGAAGCCACCACUUGUAUCAUGACUGCUUGCACACUGCAGCAUUCUGCUUCUCCACUUGAACCUGGUUCUGGGGUAGCCUGUGUGUUACUGUAUGUAAAUCCGUUUCACGUAUGAGUCCUAGAUUUCAACAUUUUAUUUUAUAUUCAUCUCUUGGUAUUUUGCUACAGCGACUGAGGCUGUCCUGCAGGUGAACUCCAAAGAGCUUGGUGCUAUUGGCUGAGGAGGUUCAGGUUAUUGAAAUUCCUCUCAAACUGUGAAUUAGGGUUUAGCAGCCACAAUCAGACAAACAGAGACACUUUUGCUUCUUUUUAUCCCUCUUUUUGCUGCCUUCAAUUUUAUUGCACUUCAAAAGAGUUCUAAGAUCUCAUAAAAUUUUGGCAUAAUCCGUGUGGAGCGGUUCCUGUUCAGAAACCAAUAUCUGGUGACUCCUUGAACAAAAACAAAAAUACCUGGAAAAACUCAGCAGGUCUAACAGCGUCUACGGAG